CCGAAACAGGCAGAGCGAAACCCUCUCCUCGCAUUCCCCCGAACCCAAACCCCCAACCAAUGGCGGCCACGGCAAUGGAGCACGACGGCGGCGCCGAGGUGGUGGUCACCCCGGGGGAGCUCCUCGGCCCCUCCUCGUCCCUCGAGGCCGGGCGCGGCGCCUACGCCGACGGCCGCCCCCUGCGCGCGGCGGUCCGCGCCCGCCGCCGCCGCUUCGUGGCCCCCGCCCCCGGCUCCUCCGACCUGAGGUCCACGGUGGAGGUGGUCGGGCACAAGGCGCACGGAGCCGUGCCGCAGCCGGGGAGCAUCGUCAUUGCCCGUGUGACAAAGGUUAUGGCUAGAAUGGCGUCUGCAGAUAUAAUGUGUGUUGACUCAAAGGCUGUCAAGGAAAAGUUCACUGGCAUGAUAAGGCAGCAAGAUGUUCGUGCAACUGAGAUUGACAAGGUGUAUAUGUACCAGUCAUAUCGACCUGGCGAUAUUGUUAGAGCUCUGGUUCUCUCUCUUGGUGAUGCAAGGGCAUACUACCUUUCGACUGCCAAGAAUGAACUUGGAGUUGUUUCUGCCCAAAGUAUAGCGGGUGGUACGCUGGUCCCAACCAGUUGGACUGAGAUGCAAUGUGAAUUGACUGGCCAAAUCGAGCAAAGAAAAGUUGCAAAAGUGGAGUAGAUCUUGUUUAUUUUGCAAGAUAGGAAGGUUUUGAUGGUGUACGAUAUGUUUGAUCAACAACUUGGGGUCCUCCGGGCAUGAUCAUUGUCACUGGAUUUAGCACAUUAACACUGCCCGUGUGGUGCUAUUUUGACUAGGUUUUAAGUGUAACGCAGCUAUGUUUGUUGAAUGUUAUUUUGGGCUUUGAGUGAGAUUGUGAUGUUGUGGUCU